CAGCCUUUCUAAUUCACAAUUCCCCCAGCCCUUUUUCCUCUGCAAUUUGCAGAGAGAAAAGAAAAAAGCUUCAAUCUUUCGACUCUACCAAUAACCAUGUCUUCUUCAUCAUGGAUAACAACCGCCUCUUGCUCAACCUCCAUCCUUAAUGAAUCAACAGAUCCAAUCCACUGGUUAAGAUUCAUCUUCCUUUCUUCUUGUCCUCAACGUGUUCUUUCUUCUUCCAUUGACGUCUUCUUCCUUCUCCUACUCAUCUUCUUCGCUAUCAAAAAGCUCUAUUCAAGAUUCCAUGGCGCCGCCGAUUCUGAAACCACUCAACCGUUGUUAGAAACCCAUUACAGAGCUUCUCCGGUCAGGUCCACUCUGUGGUUUAACGUCUCUGUUCUCGUUACAGUUUUAUUGUUCUUAAUCUACUCUGCUUUAUCCAUUCUGAUCUUCAGUAGAAACGAGUUGAAUAAUGGGUUCUUUUGGAUUCUUCAAGCUUUAACCCAUUUAGUGAUUCUAGUUUUAAUUGCUCAUCAGAAGAGAUUUCGUUCUUUAAAUCAUCCAUUAUCGAUUCGAGUUUUCUGGGUUUCGAAUUUCGUUGUUGUUUCGUUGUUUACAGUUUCCGGGAUUAUUCGUUUGGUUUCUAGUGAUAAUUUAUUCCCGGACGAUGUUGUCUCCUUCAUUAGCUUCCCACUUUCGAUUACCCUUCUCGCCGUCGCCGUUAAUGGGUCAACCGGAAUUGUUCCGGUUAAAGAAUCGGAAUCGGAUAACAAAUCGGAGUUAGUGACUGCUUUCGCUUCGGCUUCUUUAAUAUCUAGAGCUUUCUGGAUUUGGAUGAAUCCGUUACUGAGCAAAGGGUAUAAGUCACCUUUAACCGCCGAUGAAAUUCCGGCGCUCUCGCCGGAGCAUAAAGCAGAGAAGAUGGCUGAUUUAUUUGAAAUGAAUUGGCCAAAGCCUAAUGAGAAAUCAAUGAACCCAGUUAGGACGACUUUACUAAGAUGUUUCUGGAAACAAUUAGCGUUUACAGCUUUUCUUGCAAUUUUGAGGUUAUCCGUUAUGUAUGUCGGUCCUGUUCUUAUUCAAGAUUUCAUUAAGUUCACCGCCGGCGAUAGAAGUUCUCCAUCUGAAGGAUAUUAUCUUGUAUUAACCCUCUUAAUCGCGAAAUUCAUCGAGGUUUUAUGUUCCCAUCAAUUCAAUUUCAAUUCACAAAAACUCGGCAUGCAAAUCCGAGCUGCGUUAAUCACUUCGCUAUACCGGAAAGGUUUAAGGUUGUCGUGUUCGGCUAGACAAGAUCACGGGGUCGGACAAAUCGUUAAUUACAUGGCGGUUGAUGCUCAACAGUUAUCCGACAUGAUGCUUCAACUCCAUUCAAUAUGGUUGACGCCGCUUCAGUUAAUCGUCGCGUUGUUCUUACUAUAUAGGUUUUUAGGCGCGGCGACAUUGGCGGCUGUGGUCGGGAUAUUCCUUGUUUUUGUGUUUGUCGUGUUGGGUACGAGGAGGAACAAUAGAUUCCAACGUAAUAUUAUGAGUAACAGAGAUCUUAGAAUGAAAGCUACAAAUGAGAUGUUGAAUUACAUGAGGGUUAUUAAAUUUCAAGCUUGGGAAGUUAAUUUUAAUAAGAGAAUUGAGGAAAUUCGAGCUGCUGAAUUCGAUUGGAUAUCGAAAUUUCUUUAUUCAAUCUCUGGUAAUAUCAUUGUUUUAUGGAGCACACCGUUGUUAAUUUCGACUAUUACAUUUGGAACUGCGAUCUUUCUUGGGGUUAAACUUGAUGCUGCUACGGUUUUCACGACGACAACUCUGUUUAAGAUUCUUCAAGAACCUAUUAGGACAUUUCCUCAAUCUAUGAUUUCGAUAUCUCAGGCGAUGAUUUCUCUUGCGAGGUUGGAUAGGUUUAUGAGUAGUAGGGAACUUGUGGGUGAUUCGGUUGAGAGAACGGAGAAUUGUGGCGGCGAUGUGGCGGUGGAGGUGAGAAAUGGGGUGUUUAGUUGGGAUGACGAUGGAGAUGAGGCGGUGGUGAAGAAUUUGAAUAUUGUUAUAAAGAAAGGUCAACUUGCCGCCAUUGUUGGGACGGUUGGAUCUGGAAAAUCUUCAUUACUAGCUUCCAUUCUUGGUGAAAUGCACAAGAUUUCUGGAAAGAUCAGAGUAUGUGGAAGCACAGCUUAUGUUGCUCAAACUUCAUGGAUUCAAAAUGGGACAAUAGAAGAGAACAUCCUCCUCGGCUUACCCAUGGACAAAGUGAAAUACAAAGAAGUCGUAAGGGUUUGCUGUUUGAAAAAAGAUUUCGAAAUGAUGGAACACGGCGAUCAAACAGAGAUUGGUGAGCGUGGAAUCAACCUCAGCGGUGGCCAAAAGCAAAGAAUUCAGCUCGCUCGCGCCGUUUAUCAGGAUUCCGAUAUCUAUUUUCUCGACGACGUUUUCAGUGCAGUCGAUGCCCACACCGGUACUGAGAUUUUCAAGGAAUGUGUAAGAGGUGCUCUUAAAGAUAAGACAGUUUUGCUGGUCACUCAUCAAGUUGACUUUUUGCAUAACAUUGAUCUAAUUAUGGUGAUGCGAGACGGGAACAUUGUUCAAUCGGGAAAGUAUAACGAUCUUCUAGAAUCCGGCACUGACUUCCAAGCGUUGGUUGGGGCUCACGAAUCGUCCAUGGAACUCGUAGACGUGGAGAAUAACGCGAACGCUAACGAUAAUUCUCCCCGAUUAUUGGUAAAGAAAGUUUCGCGAUCAAGUUCGAUUAACGGGGAAUUGAAGAAAGAAGUCCAAGCAGAUAACUCGAAACUGAUAAAAGAGGAGGAAAGGGAGACGGGGAAAGUUAGUUUAUCGAUUUACAAAGAAUACUGCACGGAAGCUUUCGGCUGGCCUGGGGUAGUUUUGGUAUUAUCGCUCUCCUUGAUUUGGCAAUCGUCUCUAAUGGCGGGUGAUUAUUGGUUGGCAUAUGAAACCUCGGAGAAACAAGCAGCAUCGUUUGAUGCAUCGCGAUUCAUUCGUGUGUACGCGAUUAUAGCUGCUUUUUCGGUUGUUCUCAUAGCCAUUCGGUCGUUAUUCGUCACACUUUGGGGAUUAAAAACGGCCAAGAUAUUCUUCAAGAAUAUCCUUUACAGCAUUCUUCAUGCUCCCAUGUCGUUUUUCGAUACCACUCCUUCGGGUAGAAUACUUAGUCGGGCGUCUAGCGAUCAGACGAACAUCGAUAUCUUCAUUCCUUUCUUCUUAGCCAUGACGAUAGCAAUGUACAUUACGGUUUUGAGCAUUAUUAUCAUCACUUGUCAGUACGCAUGGCCGACUGUUUUUCUUAUGAUUCCUCUCGGAUGGCUUAAUUUCUGGUACCGAGGUUACUACUUGGCAACAUCUCGAGAAUUAACUAGACUCGAUUCCAUCACGAAAUCGCCUGUCAUUGUUCAUUUUUCCGAAAGCAUUGCUGGAGUUAUGACUAUUCGAUGUUUUGGUAAACAGCUUAUGUUUUACCAAGAGAAUGUCGAUAGAGCCAACGCGAAUUUACGCAUGGAUUUCCAUAAUAACGGAUCGAACGAGUGGUUGGGAUUCCGUUUAGAACUCAUUGGAAGCUGCAUCCUCUGCAUUUCAGCUCUGUUUCUCAUUAUCUUGCCCAGCAGUAUAAUAAAGCCAGAAAACGUCGGAUUAAGUCUUUCAUAUGGAUUGUCGCUGAAUGGCGUUCUGUUCUGGGCCGUGUAUAUGAGUUGCUUCGUGGAGAAUAAGAUGGUUUCGGUCGAAAGGAUAAAACAGUUCACAGCCAUUCCAUCCGAAGCUUCAUGGAAAAAGGAAGAAACUCUUCCUUCUCCGAAUUGGCCUACCCAUGGCAAUGUCAAGCUUGAGGAUUUGCAGGUGAGGUAUCGUCCAAACACGCCCCUGGUUCUGAAAGGUAUUUCGGUCGAGAUAAAUGGAGGUGAAAAGAUUGGUGUGGUUGGAAGGACAGGUAGUGGGAAAUCGACCAUGAUUCAGGUGUUUUUUCGGCUAGUCGAGCCGUCUGGUGGGAAGAUAAUCGUGGAUGGAAUCGAUAUAUCGGUUUUGGGACUUCAUGAUCUUAGGUCUAGAUUUGGGAUCAUUCCUCAAGAGCCUGUACUUUUUGAAGGAACUGUUAGAAGUAACAUUGAUCCUGUUGGAUUAUACUCUGAUGAAGAUAUAUGGAAGAGUCUUGAUAGGUGCCAGCUUAAGGACGUGGUGGCAUCAAAACCGGGAAAACUCGAUUCAUUGGUUGUUGACAGUGGCGAUAAUUGGAGCGUGGGGCAGAGGCAACUGCUUUGUUUGGGUAGGGUUAUGCUAAAGCGAAGCCGGUUACUUUUCAUGGACGAAGCAACCGCGUCUGUUGAUUCCCAAACCGAUGCUGUGAUCCAAAGGAUCAUACGCGAAGACUUCGAGGCUUGCACGAUCAUCAGCAUUGCUCACAGAAUACCGACAGUUAUGGACUGCGACAAAGUUCUCGUCAUCGAUGCAGGGUUAGCAAAAGAAUUCGACAAACCGUCGAGAUUGUUGGAGAGGCGAUCACUUUUCGGGGCAUUGGUACAAGAGUACGCAAACCGAUCAACCGGACUUUGAAAUAGUUUUAACCUAAAGUAUAACCAAGAGAGUUGAGAUAUUGAUCAUGGAAGUUUCGAUGGCUACUGGUAAAUGUUCUGGAAUCUUCCUGGCCUACAAAUUACAUGUAGAAUCAAAUGUUGUUCUCUAUAUCCUAUUCUAUCCUCUUUGGUUACUCCUAUUUAUCUGAGUAUCAACUACUCUGAUUAUAUUAUUUAGUUAUUAAUUGUAGUCAAUGAAACUUUAAAUACAAUUCUAUUCUUAUUAUUAUGUUGGUCAAAUUUAUAAUGCAAAA